AUGCAUCUCCUAACCGUUGUAUUUCUGCAGCUAUUAUCAGUUUUUUGUGGUGCUCUAGCACAUGGUGGAGCCAAUGAUCAGGCUGCUGCAAAACCAGUGGACAAGCUAUCAUUACCUGAUUUGAUUCAUGCAAAAUCAAUUCCUUCCAAUUGGGAAUCAAUUGAUAAUACUAAAUUAGAAGAAGGGAGAAUCAUUUUAACUCCCUCUGCAAACUCUAAAGGUUCUCUCUGGUUAAAGUCCCCUUUUAAGUUGCAAAAAUCUUUCACUGUCGAAUGGACUGUCAGAAGUAUUAAUUACGUUGGCAAAACUAAUGGUGGGAUGGCUAUGUGGUUCAUUUCUUCAGAUGAUUACAAAAAUGAUAAGAGUCUUUACAAUGGUCCUUCAAAAUUUGAUGGGUUACAAUUGGCUAUUGAUAACAAUGGACCUAUGGGUCAAUCCAUUAAAGCUCAAUUAAACGACAAUAGCGAAUCCUUAGCUAAAGCUGAUAUUCACAGUAAAACAUUUGGUUCCUGCUUGUUGGGUUAUCAAGAUGCAUCUGUUCCUAUCACAAUUCGUCUGACGUACGAUAAUGAUGAUAUAAACAAGAAUCAUCUUUUGAAAUUACAAAUCGAUAACAAGGUUUGUUUCCAAACAAGAAAAAUCAAUUUACCAAAUAACGUAGACUACUAUAUUGGUGUUUCUGCUGAUAAUGAUAACACCAACGAAUCAUUUGAAGUGCUACAAAUGAAUUUUUAUGAUACCGUAAUUGAAGAUUCUUUGAUUCCAAACGUUAAUUCUAUGAAUCAACCAAAGCUUAUAACUAAGAUUGUUGAUAAAGAUACUGGUAAGGAAAAAUUAGUUGAUAAAGAAAUUUUGGAUUCUCAAAACACUCAAAUCAGUAACUUUGAACUCUUUAAAAAAAUGGAUAAAUUGGAAGGUGAAAUAUUAUCAAAUGAUAUUAGUUCCUUAGAAACAAAGAUCAACGAAAUUGCUAGUAUUCAAGAUGAAUUGACUAAAGCUGUUCUUGAAUUAGGUAAGCACUUGCAACAAAUCACUUCUGGUAAUGGUAAUGGAAAAGAACACCCUGAUACUAAGGAAGAAUUCAAAGAUUUUAUCGCAAUGAAUGAAAAAUUAGAGAAAAUGUUGGAUGAACAAGCUAAAAUCAGAGAAGCUACCAAACAACAACAGCUAUUUCAUAGCAAUGGCCCACAAAUUGAUGAAAUUGUAAGAAAGUUAACUUUCUGGAUUAUUCCUCUUAUUGUCAUAAUGCUUGUCAUGGUGUAUUACACCUUUACUAUUAGAAGAGAAAUUACCAAAACAAAGUUACUAUGA